AUGCACUCGUCUUGUUGUAAUCGUCUACUGAUAUCAUCCUCGUCUGCACCAACCAUCAUCAACUGCGGUAAAUUACUGCCGCAAAACAUUGUUAAAAAUGUAAAUUUUCUUCCGCAAAAACGUUCAUUCAAUAUCCAUCGAUGGAGUGCAUUCAAACGUUGGCAAGAAUUGCAAAGGGAUGAACGAGAAUAUCAGCAAGAAAAAGAUGCCAUGAAGAAUUUUAUUCGUUUAUCAAACGGUCUCUACAUAACACCAGAAAAACCAAGCGAUGUACUACCGAAAAAGGCACCAGAAGAUGAAACGCGUAAGGACACGGGUGCAUUUUCGAUGGAGUUGAUGACGUUUCAUACACAAAUGCGUUACAUUGAUCAUAGUUUUGAUAAUACACGACGAUUCAAGCGAUAUCGCCAUUUUCAGCAUUUGCAGUUCGAUCAGCGGUUUGUGACUGUUUUCGUUUUCUUUCGUAUAUCUUUCAAUUACUGA